AUGGCUACCGACCAGAAGAAGCCUCUGAGCUUCGACGAGAUCAUCCAAGCCGAUCGCGCGCGCAGAAAGAAUGAGCAGCUCGCCCAAGAAAUCUUCGGCCGCAAUCGAGGAAAUAAGAGAGGUUCCAACAAGAAUGAUAGAUCCGCUUCCAACAGCCCGAGUCUCGCCAGUCGUGUUGGUGUCGGCAAGGUACAGCGCUCUUCAUCCUCGACCUCGACUUCCUCCCAGCGCAACCCUUUUCGUCCCUCUCCGUCUCGCAACACCUCAUCGCAAUCACAGCGCGACCGCGCAAAUCGCCUCUCCCAUGCUCUCAACGCGUCUACACCUCUCGGUACUCCAACGGGUCCCCGCCCAGCUGGUGGCUUGACAAUAAAGGGCAAAGCCGGCCCCUGGACCAUCAUUGCGUCCAACUUUGCCCCCGGAACUACAGCAGCCGAUAUUGAAGCUACCCUGUCUCGUGACGCCCUCGAUAGUGACGGGCAGAACGGCUUCCUCGACUGCCGUCUCACCUCGACCCAUCCCACCGUCUCUGCUGAGCUAGUGUUUUCGGAGCGUGCCAUUGCAGAUCGCAUAAUAAGCACCUACAACAAUCAGCUCGCUGACAAUCGGUAUCUGAAAUUGAGCUACCAGAAGCAGCAGAACCAGAAGCAGCCGGGACAAAAGCCUGCAGCUACGUCUACUGCUCCGCCCAUGCCACCUGUCUCAGCCCCGGUUGAGGAGCCCGCCUUUGUGGAGGAUACAGAUAUGAUGGCGGUGGAAGAGACCGCGCAGCCGAGCAAUGAGCCCCAUCCGUACGAUGAUGAGCGCGAGGCUGCAGCAGCGUCAAGAGACCGCCGCGAUCGCGAGUCACGGCGUGAUGAGCGCGAUGACCACCGUAAUGACCCGAGACGCGAUGACGAUCGAGAUCGACGCUACAAUGACCGUGCGUAUGACAGAGACUACGACGACAGGCCACGGUACGAAGGGCGGUCCAGCUACGGUAGUGGCAGAGGAAGAGCUUAUGGAAAUAGCGUUCGAGGCGGUUACGCCAGGGCCGCUGCUAGUUCUGGACAUGGCCGGGGUGAACCAAGAGGCGGCUAUCGUGGCUAUCGCUGA